CAUAUAGCCAUCAGGCCGUCACACAUGUUUCCAGCGUGGUUUUUAUAUAGCGUAAAUAAUAGGUUAUGUUCGACUGUUUUUAAAAGUAAAGCAUGAAACAUGACUGCACAAUGGAAAAAAUAUUUGUUGUGGUUUGCCCACGAGCACGUGGAUUUCCGAAUGGCUGAAAUGGACUCAAUUCUUCGGAUGUACAACAUAACCUUAGGAUCUGUUUUCAAAUCAAUAGAUCACCCAUUCUGGAUUGUUGAACUACCUGAAGAGAAAGCUUGUAAAAUAGCAAGUAGGUCAGUUUUAUUACGACAUUGCAUUGAAUUAUGGUCCCACUCGAAGACCGUUGAUGGACUUCAUUCAAACUUGAAAUCUUACAAUCAAAAUGAAAUUGCAUCCCAUUUGUCUACAACUUUUAAAGUUGUUGUUGAAACGUUUUGUAAGCAUUUCACGCAAAAAGAAAAAGUGGAGAAGAUAGAGACUUUUAACUACUUGCCAUUAAAAGGAUCAGUCAACUUGAAAGAUCCAGACACAACUUUGUUUUACAUAGAAUAUUAUGGACUAGAACCAAAUGCAAUUCCAGAAAAACCUGUUGACUUAUUUUUUGGACGAUGGAUUGCAGAUGGUCAAAGAGAUAAAAUCCAGAAACUUUCUUUAAAAUCUAGGAAAUUUAUAGGAAAUACAUCUAUGGAUCCACAACUUUCUAUUUUAAUGUCAAAUCAAGCACAAGUAAAAAAUGGUGAUGUAGUUUUAGAUCCAUUUGUUGGUACUGGUUCAUUGUUAAUCCCAGCAUCAAUGUUUGGUGGUUACACACUUGGCACUGACAUAGACUUUUUGAUGAUCCAUGCACGCACAAGGCCUAGUCGAAUUUCACAAAAAAAAAGAGAAGAAGAUGAAAGUAUAGCAGCUAAUAUGAAACAGUACGGAGUUGGAUCUCGAUUCUUAGACGUCUUAGUAUCCGAUUUUUCGCGACCUUUGUGGAGACCAGAUGUACAGUUAGAUGCUAUUAUUACUGAUCCUCCGUAUGGGAUCCGUGAAGCGGUAGAGCGCAUUGGAACUGCAAAGAGUAAUCCUUCUAUUGAGGACCAUCAAGUGGAAACGCACAUUCCGUCCAAAGUAGUUUAUGAGCUGUGGCAGUUAUUUAUAGAUUUAUUAAAUUUUUCCGUUAAGCAUUUAAAGAUAGGCGGCAGAUUAGUGUUUUGGUUUCCGAUAUUCAGAAAAGAAUACUCGGAGGACCAACUACCGAGGCAUCCUUGCCUAACGCUCAUAGCUAGUUCAGAGCAAAUCCUAAGCAAUUACACGAGUAGACGAUUGCUGACCUACGAAAAGACUAAGGACUCUCAGCCCGACGAUCCACCUUGCACGAUAGGCGAAGCCAACUUUCGCGACCAGUAUUUCAACAUGAGAGAGGAGCUGCGCAGCGUACGACGGGCACGAAAGUCCGCGGAACGCUUGCGAAUGAAGCAGGAAUGGGAGCUGCGGAAGAAGAUGACCAACGGGGACAAGACGUGAUGGACUUGGCAGUGCAAAUGAGUAAACCACACUCUAUCUUUAAAUUGUAUAAUAAAUAUUAAAUACAGAUUUUUUACUAAAAAUUAAAUAGUCACAAGGCACCACUUAUUCUUAGAAUAAAA